AUGGAUAAGAAGUUGAUCUUAGUAAUUGGCGGAACCGGUGCACAAGGAGUGCCUGUUGUGCAACAACUGCACCAGUAUGGAUACAAUAUACGUGUGCUCACUCGCGAUGAAAGUUCAGAGCAUUCAAAGAAGCUUAAAGUCCUCGUCCCCACGGUUCAAUUUGUAAUCGGCGGGCCUACCGAUGAGACUGCUCUACGCUCUGCUUUUGUAGGGGUGGACUACGCCUUUGUCAACCUCAAUAGUUUUUCUUUGGGGAUUAAAAACGAAUUGUACUGGGGUAUUCGCAUUUUCGAGAUCGCGGUGCAAAAUCGUGUGAAACAUUAUGUAUGGUCGUCGCUCGACGAUUAUGCCCUGGAGACACAAUACGAUGACGCUAUUCGAUGCGGCCACUACUAUGGCAAAGGCCAUGUCAAACGCUGGAUGUCAUCCCUGCCACAAAGCCCCAUGAAAUGGUCUGUUGUGUGCACCGGGCCAUACAUUGAACAGCUCUGGUACUUUCAACGACCUAAGAAGCACGAAUCAGGUGUUUAUGAUUUUCGCAUACCGCUUGGUGACGGUGUUAUUCCGUACGUAUGUUUGGAUGACUUGGGGUACUACGUACGGUGGGUAUUCGAACACCCAGAAAAGUCUGCCGGCCUAAACUUGGAAAUCGCGGUGGAGGAUGUGUCUCUACAGCAAAUCGCAGAAGUGUUCACUGCUGUGACUGGAAAGCCUGCCAAAAGUACUAAUAUUACGAUUGAAGAAUGGUUCCAAGAAACUGGGCUACCGGAAACUGCUACACAACAUAGGCUGGGUACUUCGACAUCUCCAAAUGAUCCAUCUCUGCUGACAUUUGAACAAAACUUUUCUGCCUGGUGGAGAAUAUACCAGAAUUCUGGAAAGAACACUGAGCUUGGGCUCUGCAAGAGAGAUUACGCUUUGCUAGACGAAAUAUACCCCGGCAGAACCAGAAGCUUAAAACAAUGGAUGGAAAAGGUCGGCUAUGAUGGGGAUGCGACUCGUACUUUUGAAGCAGAACUGCCAUGGGCUUUGUAA